UCAGAAAUCGAGUUAGACAGGAUCGCGGAUAUCAUGCAGUUUGUGAAGAUUUUUUUUGUUGUCAAACAGGCUUGCAGUAGUGGUGUUGACGGGAACAGACGCACGAAAAAAAAAAGAAAACAACCAAAACUACUCUGGGCGUGUUUUCCUCCAUAAGAUCAACUAACUUCACAUUUUGAGAAUGCUUUUUUGCAAUACAUGACGUGUAGCAUUUCUUCGUUCAUGGUACAUAGGAGAGACCUCAGUUUCCGCUUGGUGCCUUCGAGGAAUAACCAGCAGGAUGGCUCGACAAUGGAUAAACUGUGGGAUCAACCAUGCUGCUUUUGCAUAUGCCAUGACUACACUGGGGUCAUCCAUGAUCAACAAUAUUUUUAGCUUCUACUAUGUCAAACUCUUUUUGAACAAGUACAAUAUAUCUGAGUCAGCUUUCCACCAAUCACAAGUGGUGUACAUGGUGUGGAAUGCUGUCAAUGACCCUCUGUUUGGUUACCUGCAAGAUAACUCCAGGGUGCCUUGCUGCUCUCAGCGACGUCUCUCCAUCCUUUAUGGCGCUCCUCUCUACUCGCUGUCCUUUCUCAUUGCCUGGUUCCCAUGGAGCACCUACUCUAGUGGUGACUGGUUGAGUGGCCUACACCUGACAGUGGCGCUGUGUGCCUUUGACGCGCUGUUGACUUUCGUGCUGCUCGCACAGUGUGCCUUAUUUGCAGAGAUUUCAAGCCACCACCAUAAUCGUUUAAGACUUAUAAAAUACAACCAGCUGGCUUCCCUCAUUGGGUCCUCCAGCGUUCUUUUCUGUGGCAUGGUGUCGACAAACAUGGAAAACUUCAAAGCUUUCCAGGCAUUCACGGUGCUCAUUGCUAUAAUUAGCUGCAUCUGCAUGAUGUACACUGGGAUUUACAGUAAAAGCCGCUUUGAUAGUAAAAUAUAUGAGUUAGUUGAUCAAGAGUGUGCCGACAAGGGGGCAAGUAAAACGGCGUGCUCCCUCUCCAUGUUGAAGUCGCUGACAUGGCAGAUUCUCACCAACAGGGACUUCCAGCUGUUUGUGGUCAUGAACUUCUUCCAGGUGUUCAUUUUGGCUUUCUUUAAUAACUUCACCAUGAUAUUCAUGGAGCACCUGAUUCCCGUAGAUGCGCUUCCGUCGCUAGCCAAGAGUUUCAUGUAUGGAGCAGGAUUCAUCUUACCACAGCUUUUGGUUUUGAGUAGUCAGAGUCUUCUGCAAAGUCUUGGCUACUACAAGAUCAUCCUCUUCACAUUUAUCUUGGAGGGUGGGAUGGCAGUCCUCAUGUUUAUUCUUGGUCCUCAACGUUACUACUUCUUGGCCUUUUUCCUCACUAUUAAUAUGGUUAUAAUACAAGCAGCCUUCAGUCUCUUUGGCUUGCCGUUGGCGGACAUUAUUGACACGGAUUUGCAGAAAUACAAACGCAGCUCCCCUCUCUCCUCCAUGGUGUUUGGAACAAAUGCUCUGUUCACCAAACCAGCUCAGUCUCUGGCUCCCAUGAUAGUCCUUAAUAUCAUGAACCACUUUGGAUAUGAGAAGCUGAAAGAUGUGGGACAGGAGUCGAAUCAAAGAGCUCUGGAAAGUCUCCACAGUGUUAUGUUCUACUUGGUCUGUCUGAUACCCAUGUGUGUCGCCAUUCUGCAAGUUCUGGCUUGGAGGCCAUUUUCCAUCCGCAACAGUCACACAGUUGAUUCCAAGUACAUUGACACCUAGUAUCAGUGUCCUCAGAGUGGAAAAGAUAAGCUUCCACUGGAUGGUUUCUUUUUGUGACUGCUGGAGAUGGGCACCAGCACCCUUCCCAACCCUGGAAGGAUAAACGUGUUAGAUGACGGAUGAAUACAUGGUUUCUUUUUGUUGGUGUUUCGGGGGCCUCCUUCAUUAAUCUUGCUAAAGUAUAUGUAUUUUUAAUUUGAUAGGUGAUGAGGGAAACAUGGGAAAAGCGCAUUCUCUUUAAAGACAUUAUAAGGUAAUAAUUUGACCUUUUACAGGUCCUAAAGUCUAAUGAGAGGUGCUGGUCACACUUGUUGCUACUUUCUCUGUUGAAUUUUACCAAAUCUGAAAGGGUUUAUGUAGGCUUCCAUUGUGGUGUUGCUUUUCUUAAAAACUGGACUCUGA